AUGGCGCAAGAAAACGAAAUCGUGGCUCCCGGAUCAGCGCAAACAGCGAGUGCUUCCGCGACAGCAGACCAGCCCGGCCGACCAUACUACGAGUCUCUUCGAAGCAGCCUCAGGCAGACGCUCGAGAAGAAGCGACGGCUCGACGAGCAGCUGGCCGCUCUCGAAGAGCACAUCUAUAAGCAGGAAGGAGCGUAUCUGGAAGAAACAGCCAGCUCCGGCAACAUCGUCCGUGGAUUCGACGGAUGGGUCAAGGGCGUGUCGGUGGGGAGGAAUACAACCGACGAAAAGCGCUACAGAGGCAGAGUGAGGGAUGAGGAUCGUGUCUUUUCGCGGAGUAGCGUGGGCUGGAUGAGGGUCCAAGAAGGCACAGAAUCGAACACUCCAUCACAUGCCCCAACACCAACACCAACGGGCUCCUUCGCGCCACAGCUUGCAGCACGCGAGUCGAAUGCGGGCACACCAGCCUCCACCGGCCUCAAGGCCCCGAACAAGAAGAAGCGCCCUGCCGACAAGGACGACGACGACGACCCCAAGACGAAACGAGGCAAGAUCUCAUAUGCGCGAGAGUAA